AGGUCUUACUCAGCUUCCGUAACCAAUUGGAAGACUUUGCAUGUCUUUCCAAAGACAAAUACUACAUUUUGAAUCAGCAAUCCACCUUCUCUCUUUCUUUACACAACAUCGGCCUCCCCACCUCGAUUCUUCAUCUUUCAUCUUCAUCUUCAUCUUCUCCAUGUUUUAGGGUUUUCUCUCUCCUAAAUUUUACCAAUUUCAUGAAUUAUCAGCUCUCCCUUCUUCCAUUUUUAGGGCUUUCAGCUCAUCAAAUUCGAGAAAGCUGAAAUUACUUAUUCAACAGAUUAAUUAGUCCACAGCUGACGUACUUAUUUUGCAAUGGAUUCCAACAAUUGGAGACCUACUCAAACUGAAGCGCCACCUCCGAUGGAUGGUGGCGAUUGGCGAAGCCAACUUCAACCUGAAUCUCGCCAAAGGAUUGUCAAUAAGAUAAUGGAAACUUUGAAGAGACAUCUCCCUUUUUCUGGUCAAGAAGGGCUGCAAGAACUCAAGCAGAUUGCUAUAAGAUUUGAAGAAAAGAUAUAUAGUGCUGCUACGAACCAGUCUGAUUAUCUGCGGAAGAUAUCAUUAAAGAUGCUUACAAUGGAGUCAAAAUCUCAGAAUACACUCCCUAAUGCUAUGCCUUCUAACUCGGCUGGUAUGAGUAGAAAUUCGCAGGAUCCAGUACCUUCUCAAAGUAUGCAGUCCCAAGUGCAGAACCAGAGUCAAUCUGUUCCCCUUCAGAUGGUAUCUAACCAGUCUCAAGCUCGGCAGCAGCUUAUAGCUCAGAACAUGCAAAACAACAUAGCAUCUUCAGGCAUGCAAACUACUGCCAGUUUGCCAAAUUCUUUGCCAACUGUAAGUGGGUUGGCACAAAAUCCCAUGGCAAAUGGUCCUCAGAAUACCAACAUGCAGAAUAUUUCUGGGAUCUCACAAAACUCAAUGGGAAAUACAAUGAACCAGGGAGUUGCUUCCAGUAUGUUCACAAAUGCUCAGAGGCAACUUCAAGGAAGACAACAUACUCAACAGGUUGGUACCCAGCAGCAACAGCAGUCCCAAAAUACUCAGCAAUACAUGUAUCAGCAACAGAUGCAGCAUCAGAUGUUAAAGCAAAAGUUACAGCAGGGAAAUAUCCAACAACCAAUUAUGCAGACACCGUUACAGCAACAGCAACCACCAUCACAGCCUCAGCAAAACGUCUUACAGGCUAAUCAACAACCUAUCAUGCAGACAUCAUCCGUUAUGCAGCCUUCUAUGAUUUCAGGGUUACAGCAAAACCAACAGUCUUCUAUUCAACAGCCAUCUCAGUCUGUUCAUCAGCAGCAUCAACAAUCAGUGCUCAGGCAGCAGCAACAAUCGCAACAACAGUCGCAGCAGAACUCCAUUAUCCAGCAACAGCAAACACAAUUACCCCAGCAGUCGAUGAUGUCAUCGCAGGCACAGCAGCAGCAAUUAAUAGGGCAGCAACAAAAUGCUGCAAACUUGCAACAAAAUCAACUGAGUGGUCACCAGAGUAAUAUCUCAGAUAUGCAGCAGCAGCAGCAACAGCAACAACAGCAGCAGCAACAACAGCAGCAACAGCAACAUCAACAGCAGCAACAGCAACAGCAACAGAGGCUGUUAGGGCAGCAGAACAAUCUUCCAAACUUGCCAUCACAACAGCAACAAAGUCACCAAAACAUGCAACAGCAGCACAUGAUCGGUCAACAAAAUAAUCUUUCAAACAUGCAUCAGCAGCAGUUAGGUAAUCAAAGUCAUGUUGGAGGACUCCCACAACAGCAAUUGAUGGGAACUCAAUCGGGGAACAAUAACAUGCAGACAAACCAACACUCGGUACACAUGAUGCAACAACCCAAAGCUCCAGUUCCGCAACAGAACCAAAAUGCUUCUUUAAUGCAAGGGGGUGGGCAGCAGGCGCAGCCACAGUCGCAGUCACAGCAGCAAUUGUUGUCACAGCUUCAAUCUCAGCCAGCCCAAUUACAACAGCAAUUAGGUAUGCAGCAGCAAACAAAUUCCGUUCAACCAAAUAUGCAGCCUCGGAUGCAAAAUCCAAAUCCAUUGCUUCAGCAGCAAAGCAUACUGGAUCAGCAAAAGCAGUUGUUCCAAUCACAAAGAGCCCCUCCAGAGGCACCAUCUUCUUCUUUGGAUUCCACUGCUCAGACUGGUGGUGUGAAUGCUGGUGACUGGCAAGAAGAGGUCUAUCAAAAGAUUAAAAGUAUGAAGGACAUGUACUUUGCAGAUCUUAAUGAGAUGUACCAAAAAAUCUCUUACAAACUGCAGCAGCAUGAAUCGGUUCCUCAGCAGCCAAAUAAGGACCAACUUGAGAAGCUCAGAAUAUUUAAAAAUAUGUUGGAGAAGUUAAUGCAGUUUUUACAGAUAACAAAAAACAAUAUUUUACCUACUCACAGAGAAAAAUUACCGUCGUUUGAGAAGCAGAUCAUUUCGUUACUUACUUCACAGAGGCCCAGGAGGCCUGCUCCUUCCAUGCAACCAGGGCAAAUUUUGCCUUCUCAACUGCAAUCAAUGCAACAAGCACAACAGCCUCAUUCUCAAAUUUCUCAAGCACAAUCACAUGAUGUUGGUGUUAACCCACAGUUGCAGUCGAUGAAUUUGCAAGGUUCUAUGGCUACAAUGCACCAGAGCAAUGUGCCAAGCUUGCAGCAUGGUUCUGUCCCAUCUUUAUCUGCUAUCACUUCUUCGCAGCAAAAUAUUGCAAAUUCAUUACAGACCAAUUCCAAUUUAGAGUCUGGACAGGGAAGUGGACCUAGCUCAAUGCAGCAAGUUGCAGGGGCAUCUUUACAGCAUAAUUCUGUUAGUGUUUCUCAGCAGGCAAACAUCACUUCUUUGCAACCACAAAGCGGGGUUAGUAUGUUACAGCCGAACAUCAAUGCUCAUCAUUCAAAUUCAAAUAUGCUCCAAAAUCAACAUUUAAAACAGCAGCAGGAGCAGCAGAUUAUGCAAAACCAACAGUUAAAGCAGCAACUCCAGAAUAGGCAUAUUCAACAGCAGUUGAUGCAAAAGCAGCAACUGCUGCAUCAGCAGCAGUUACACCAUCAAGCAAAGCAGCAACAAGCUUCACAAAUUCCAGCUCAUCAGAUGUCUCAAGUUCAUCAAAAUGAUGUAAAUGAAAAGAUGAGACAGAAUUUAGGUCUUAGAUCAGGUGCUUUUCCGCAACAUCUCUCAUCGGCCCAGCGCUUCGCACAUCAGCAGUUGAAGCCUGGGGCAUCUUUCCCUGUUUCUUCCCCUCAGUUGCUUCAGUCAGCAUCGCCGCAAAUUAACCAGCAUUCUCCGCAAAUUGACCAGCAAAAUCUGCAUCAAUCUGCCCCCAAAGGCGGGACACCUUUGCAAUCAGCAAACUCACCCUUUGUUCCGUCUCCUUCAACUCCCUUGGCGCCGUCUCCUAUGCCUGGUGAUGUUGAGAAAUCUGCUGUUUCCUCCCUCUCAAAUGCCGUAAAUGUUGGAAAUCAGCAAAGUGGUGCACCUGCUGCAUCGCAGUCUCUUUCAAUUGGUACUCCUGGGAUAUCACCAUCUCCUUUGUUCGAGUGUGCAGGGCCUGAUGGCACUCAUGGUAACAGCUCCACAGUUGUUUCUGGAAAAUCCAGUUUAACGGAGCAACCACUUGAUCGCUUGCUGAAAGCAGUAAAGUCAAUAUCACCAACAGCCUUAAAUGCAUCCGUCUGUGACAUUGGCUCUGUUGUCAGCAUGAUUGACCGUAUUGCAGGAUCAGCUCCUGGUAAUGGUUCUAGAGCUACAGUUGGUGAGGAUUUGGUUGCCAUGACAAAGUGCCGCUUGCAAGCUAGAAAUUUUCUAACGCAAGAUGGAAGUACUGGAACGAAAAGAAUGCGCAGAUACACCAGUGCAAUGCCAUUAAAUGUUGCAGCAGGCGUUGGUAGCAUAAAUGAUAGUUUCAAACAGCUUGCUGGUUCUGAGACAUCUGAGCUAGAGUCAACUGCAACAUCUAGCAUCAAGAAGGCCAGAACUGAGGUUAAUCACGCCCUGUUGGAAGAAAUCAGAGAAAUAAAUGAGCGUCUUAUAGAUAUUGUUGUUGAUGUCAGUGAUGAAGAUUUGGAUCCAUCUGUGGCAGCAUCAGCUUCCGAGGGUCGUGAAGGAACUAUUGUCAAGUGCUCUUUUAGUGCCAUAUCUCUGAGUCCAAACUUGAAAUCGCACUACACAUCAGCCCAGAUGUCGCCAAUUCAGCCAUUGAGGCUGCUUGUUCCUGUAAAUUAUCCAAAUUGUUCUCCCAUUUUGUUGGACAAGUUGCCAGUUGAUGUCAGUAAUGAGUAUGAAGAUCUCUCGGUGAAGGCGAAGUCAAGGUUUAGCAUAUCUCUUCGAAGUCUUUCACAGCCAAUGUCUCUUAAGGAUAUAGCAAGGACUUGGGAUGAUUGUGCUCGUGCUGUCAUUUGCGAUUAUGCACAGCAGAAUGGUGGAGGGACCUUCAGCUCGAAAUAUGGUACUUGGGAAAAUUGUUUAAGCGCUGCUUGAUCUUCAUUGAUACCUUCUAAUUUCAUGCUCCAGGUAGUAUUUUGAUGUCCUGAACUCGAAAAUUGAAAGUCAUCUUGCUACCGGAGACAUGGGCUGAAGCGUGAAGUCUGUGAAUAAAUCGUGUACAACACAUCCUCUGUGAGUGGUCUAAUACUGUUCAUAUGUUGUAAUUAUCUGGAUGUCUUCUCACUAUCCAAAACCUCAGACUAGAGUGCUGGAAGACCUGAUUUUGAGUCUCGUUACUUUAGCAUUGGGUUUCUCUUCCAACUCCUUUGAGAGGUUUCCAUAUCUGAAAAUGUUGGAAAUAAGACAUGUUUACCCUGGCCUUCUUCGAAUCAAGUUAGAUUGUGAUUAAUUAUCUUGCAGAUUCUGCUUUACAGUAGCCUUAUCUUUAUGUAAGGGAGGGUUAAGGAUGUAGUCAAUUGUUACAAUGCUACUUUUGUAUGAAUGUAAUGAAUAACCUGGUUUAUAGAAGAUAUCAAUGAAUCUGUUAUAUGAUUUCGUA